UUCAUAUUAAAAUUGCCACAUUUAUAAUAGCCAAUAAUAAUAGGUUUCCGUUGCUAUUAAUUAUUGUUACUAAUUCCUAUUACUACGCGUGCUGCAACUUUGUAAUCUAGAAACUGAUAGUUAAAUAAUCAAGUUUUGAUAUUAUAAUCUUAAAAAAUGGAAGAUUUUAUAGAUGAUGAUCUAUUUAAUGUAUUUGAAGAAGCUAGUGACGUUGAUGUAAAAGCAAGGAUAACGAAUAGUUUAAAACGGAAAAAUAAGGAAAUUAAUAUCGAAUGCCCAAUAAAAAAACUAAAAUGUGAAACACUUUUAGAAGAUGCUAAUUUAAAUGAGAUUGAAUCUCAAAUUAAAGUUCAUAGUAUAGAUACUAUAGAAUCUUGUACACAUGAAGUUGCAAUACCAUCAGAUCAAGAGUAUAUUUCAUUGGAAAGUAUAACUAAUAAGCCAGCCAAGGAAUACAAAUUUGUUUUAGAUCCUUUUCAAAAAGAAGCAAUAUUAUGUAUAGAAAAUAAUCAGUCGGUUUUAGUAUCUGCACAUACAUCAGCAGGAUAAGUUGUCUUGUAUAGAUAUGCUAUUGCAUGUUCUUUGCGAGAUAAACAAAGAGUCAUAUAUACAACUCCUAUAAAAGCAUUGAGUAACCAAAAAUAUAGAGAAUUUUAUGAAGAAUUUAAGGAUGUUGGUUUAAUUACUGGAGAUGUAACGAUAAAUCCAACUGCAAGUAUUUUAAUAAUGACUACAGAAAUUUUACGAAAUAUGCUUUACAGAGGAUCUGAGGUAAUGCGAGAAGUUGGAUGGGUAAUAUUUGAUGAAAUUCAUUAUAUGCGUGACAAAGAAAGAGGUGUAGUUUGGGAAGAAACGUUAAUUUUAUUACCGGAUAAUGUUCACUAUGUUUUUUUAUCUGCAACUAUACCAAAUGCACGUCAAUUUGUUGAAUGGGUUGCACAUUUACAUCAUCAACCAUGUCAUGUUGUUUAUACAGAUUAUAGACCAACACCUUUACAACAUUAUAUAUUUCCUAUUGGUGGAGAUGGAAUUCAUUUGGUAGUAGAUGAAUAUGGUCAAUUCAAAGAGGAUAAUUUUAACAGAGCAAUAUCAUGCUUGCAAUGUGAUGCUACUAAAAGUGAUAUAAAAGCCCGUAGAGGUUCAAUAUAUAAAAAUAAUUCUGGCCAAUCAAAUAUUUUUAAAAUAGUAAAAAUGAUAAUGGAAAGAAAUUUUGCACCAGUUAUAAUUUUUAGUUUUUCAAAAAAAGAUUGUGAAGUUUAUGCUAUGCAACUUGCUAAAUUAGAUCUUAACACAGCUGAAGAAAAGAAAUUAGUCGAUGAAGUAUUUAAUAAUGCAAUGGAUGUUCUUAAUGAAGAUGAUAGAAGAUUACCACAAGUUGAAAAUGUCUUACCUUUGUUGAGACGUGGAAUAGGUAUACAUCAUGGAGGACUCCUUCCAAUUCUAAAAGAAACUGUAGAAAUUUUAUUUGGUGAAGGUUUAAUUAAGGCAUUAUUCGCAACAGAAACUUUUGCAAUGGGCUUAAAUAUGCCUGCUAGAACUGUUUUAUUUACUGCACCACGCAAAUUUGAUGGAAGAGAUUUUCGGUGGAUUACAUCCGGUGAAUAUAUACAAAUGUCCGGACGUGCUGGUAGAAGAGGACUAGAUGAAAAGGGAAUUGUUAUUUUGAUGAUUGAUGAACAAGUGAGUCCAAGCGUAGGAAAAGAUAUUGUACAAGGAAAACCAGAUCCAAUUAAUUCUGCUUUUCAUUUAACUUACAAUAUGGUUUUAAAUCUUUUAAGAGUUGAAGAAAUAAAUCCUGAAUACAUGUUAGAAAGAAGUUUUUAUCAAUUUCAAAAUCAAGCAGCAAUUCCCAAAUUAUUUAAUAAGGUGAAAGAAUUACAAAAUAAAUUUGAUGAUAUUCAAUUUGAAAAAUUUAGCUUAAUGUCAUCUUACCAUGAUAUUAGAAAACAAUUAGAUUGUCUAAGUGGAGACUUUCGAUCAUAUUUAACAAAACCAGAAUAUUUACUUCCUUUUCUUCAACCUGGGAGAAUGGUAAAAGUUAAAAAUGAAAAAGAAAUUUUUGAUUGGGGUAUUAUAAUUAAUUUCAAAAAAAAGACUCCAAAAAAUCCUGAAAAAGAAAAGACAACUAUUAUUGUUGAUAUUUUACUUAAUGUUUCUAAAGAUUCUACAGAAGCUAUUCCAAUACCUUGUUCUAAAAAUGAAGAAGGAGAAGUAGAAGUAAUUCCUGUAUUACAUACACUAAUUUCACAAAUCAGUUCCCUGAGAUUAUAUUAUCCAAAAGAUUUGAGAUCGUCUGAUAAUAGAAAGAGUGUAUUAAAAACGAUACAAGAAGUUAAAAAACGAUUUCCAGAUGGACCUCCUUUACUUAAUCCUAUUACAGAUAUGCAAAUAGAAGAUACUGAAUUUAAAGAUAUAAUAAAAAGGAUAGAAGUUUUAGAAAAAAGGCUGUAUGACCAUCCAAUGCAUAAAGAUUCCAACUUAAAUGAUUUUUAUGAAAAGUUUUUAAUCAAAGAAGAUUACGGUAAAAAAUUAAUAGAUGCUAAAACUGAAUUAAAAUAUGCAAAAUCUGUUUUACAAAUGGAUGAAUUAAAAUGUAGAAAACGAGUUUUACGUCGAUUACUUUAUUGUACAGCAACAGAUGUUAUAGAAUUAAAAGGGCGCGUUGCUUGUGAACUAAAUGGUGCUGAUGAACUGUUAUUGACAGAAAUGUUAUUUAAUGGAUUUUUUAAAUCCUUGACUGUUCCUCAAAUUACUGCAUUAAUCAGCUGUUUUGUAUGUGAUGAUAAAUCAAGUGAAGUUCCCAAAAGCAUCGAGGAAUUAAGUGGACCAUUAAGACAAAUGCAAGACACUGCAAGGAAAAUAGCAAAAGCAUCUAGAGAAUCAAUGCUAGAAUUGAAUGAAGACUCAUAUGUAGAAAGAUUGAAACCAUUUUUAAUGGAUGUUGUUUAUGCAUGGUGUAAAGGCGCAACAUUUUUACAAAUUUGUAAAAUGACAGAUAUAUUUGAAGGUUCUAUUAUUAGAUGCAUGAGACGUUUGGAGGAAGUACUUCGACAACUUUUACAAGCAGUAAAACAUAUGGGCAACACAGAACUUGAAAACAAAUUUAGUGAAGCAAUUAAAUUACUUAAAAGGGAUAUUGUAUUUGCAGCUUCACUAUACUUGUAAUUAAUCGUUAACUGUACAAUUUUUUGAAUGUUUUUUAUGAAUUAUACACUUAAGAUAAUAAUUUACAAAAACUUUAUUCUACAAUU